AUGAAAAUUCCUCAAGGUUUUUCCAAAGAAAAUGAGACUCGUGUCUGUCGUCUACAGAAAUCUCUUUACGGGCUAAAGCAAGCCUCUCGAAAUUGGUACCACAAGUUUACUAAGUUUCUUUUGAGCAUAAAUUUUCAUCAAUCUAAAGCCGAUCACUCACUAUUUUUACAAGAUCAUGACGACAGUUACAUUGCCAUUCUGAUUUAUGUGGAUGACGUCAUUAUAACUGGAAACAAUUUAGACAGAAUUCAACAAACAAAAACGCAACUCGACAAAGCCUUCAGUAUCAAAGACCAUGGACCUUUAAAGUACUUCCUUGGUAUAGAAGUGGCAAAAACUUCCGAUGGUUUGGUUUUGAGUCAAAGAAAGUAUGUUUUGGACAUUCUCAAAGAUAGUGGAAUGUUGGGGUGUAAACCAAGUUCCUUUCCCAUUGAACAAAACUUAAAGCUAGACCGACGAGAAGAAGAAGCUCAAGUUGAUGGUACUCAAUAUCGCAGACUUGUAGGUCGGCUUCCUUAUCUCCAAGCUACACGUCCUGAUGUUACCUAUGUAGUUAAUGUGUUGAGUCAAUUUGUAUCUGAUCCACGACAUAGUCACAUGCAAGCCAUGAUUCGAGUCUUAAGAUAUCUAAAGGGAACACCGGGGCAAGGAAUACUUUUGCCACGAAUUGGAGAACCAGUGUUGACAGCUUUCUGCGACUCUGACUGGCUCGGAUGCCCAUACACGAGACGUCCCAGAACAGGUUACUUACUUAUGCUUGGAGGUGCCCCGAUUUCUUGGAAAACAAAGAAACAAUCAGUUGUGUCGCGUUCUUCCGCUGAAGCUGAAUAUCGAGCUAUGGCCUCCACAGUAAGUGAAGUCUUAUGGGUUAGAUGGCUCUUCAAAGACUUGCAAGUUGUCAUUGACUCGCCAACCACGUUGUUUUGCGAUAAUCAGGCGGCACGUCAUAUAGCUAACAAUCCAGUGUUUCAUGAACGAACAAAACAUGUUGAAAUGAAUUUUUUUUUUGUUCGUGAGAGGGUUUCUUCUCGAGAAGUCGUGCUAAUGAAGAUUGACAGCAAAAUGCAAGUUGCUGACUUGUUGACAAAAGGUCUUGGUACAAAUCAACUUCAAUUUCUGCUUGGCAAGAUAGGCGUUAAGAACCUACACGCUCCAUCUUGA